GCUACUUCGCCUCUCCCGCUCCUCACGCUGCCCUCUGCCUGAAAAGAUCGUUUUUUUAUUUCCAUAUUUAAUUUUUUUUUUUUGGGGGUUUGGACAGUUCACUCCAGAUCUAUAACAAGCAAUUCAAUUCCGCUUUAUUGAUUUACUAUUUUUUUUUUUUUUGGUUGGUCAAGGGUGACUUUGAUACCCCUGAUUGUGACUGUCUACACUUUACCUUACCACCUCCAAUUCUGGGUCCUUGUUCAAGUGACCAAUCAUUGAACAUAAAAUCUGGGUGUCGGGCAUCCGAGUUUUUGAUCUCUCUCUCUCAAUUCUUCACUGCAUCCUUGUUGCUUAGGGAUUAGAAUCAACAUCUUUGAGUGUGUAUGGUUUCUUGGCCUUUUUCUUUUAUUUGUUGUAUUGAAGAGGGUUAGCUUCGGUUCUACUCCACCGUGUUAAUGAUGCUGUGUAUCUGAAGAAAAGGGUUUGCUUGUGACUGAAUCUGGCCGUACUGUACAGACAUCUGAGAGAGGAAAUGGGUCUUUCUGAGGAUGUGGCAUUGGCUCCAUUUUUAUCUUGUUUUAGGGUUUGAGUUGAAGAGAUUUGGGUUGAAUUUAUUUGUUUUCUUUCUCGGAAAGUGGUGUUAUUUUCCGGGGAUCAAACUUGGAAUUCCUCCACAAGGGUGAUUGUGUUGUGUCAGUUGGCCUGGAUUUUAGCCCAGAGAUGCUCAUUUCUACAGAGAAAGAGGAACAGAUCUUAUCGCCUCUAGAAAUUGGAAGAGUGUAUCUGAAAGAAGAAUCACCUUUGGGCUUAAAUCCAGACUCCGAAAUGCAGGAGUCUCCGCAGGUUCCUGCUAUUUCCACCCAUGUAAAUGUGGUUCCCGAGCACGAAAAGAUUGAGUUGGAGAAGACGGUAUCGAAUCUAGAAGGACAAAUUAUGGGGUUGAGGUUGAAGCAGAGGUCAUUGGACGAAAAACGAAGAGAAGCAUUGAAUAAGAUCUUAGACACCAAAGGCUGCAUUAGAGUGUUUUGUCGGAUUCGACCAUUGCUAUCAACCAAGCGGAGAAUUCCGAAACCUAUUGUGGUUGGGCUUGGAUCAGAAAAGAUUGUAAUUGGAUCGGCUGGAAGUAGGAAAGAAUUUGGAUUUGAUAAAGUGUUUUCUCAGGAAGCAACCCAAGAAGAAGUUUUUCUUGAGGUUGCACCAAUCCUCAGAUCGGCACUAGAUGGGCACAAUGUAUGCAUAUUAGCUUAUGGACAAACAGGGACUGGCAAGACAUUCACAAUGGAUGGGACCAAUGAUUCUCCGGGGAUUGUUCUUAGAGCUCUUAAGGAGCUGUUUCGCCAAGCCUCGUUGGAUGCCUCUGCUUCAUUUACUUUUACGAUUAGCAUGUUAGAAGUUUACUUGGGUAAUCUAAGAGAUUUACUGGCUCCAAAAUCAUCCUCCUGUAGAACAUAUGGAGCUGUUUCAAAAUGCCAUCUCAAUGUUCAAACAGAUCUGAAGGGAUUCAUAGAGAUUGAAGGUCUGACAGAGGUGGAGACCUCUAAUUUCUCAAAAGCAAGUUGCUGGUACACCAGGGGUAGGCGGGUCAGAUCUACUUCAUGGACUAGUGUCAAUGAGGCAUCUAGUAGAUCACAUUGCUUGACAAGGAUCAACAUUUUUCGACGCGAGGAAGCUUCAGGAGGAUAUGCAGAAGCAAGCAAAUUGUGGAUGGUUGAUCUUGGAGGAAGUGAACGAUUGUUGAAAACGGGAGCCACUGGCCAAACACUCAAUGAGGGAAGGGCCAUAAAUCUUUCUCUUUCGGCACUUGGUGAUGUAAUUGCUGCCCUAAGACGAAAACGAGGUCAUGUUCCAUACAGAAAUAGCAAGCUAACUCAGAUUCUUAAAGAUUCCCUUGGUGAUGGGUCGAAGGUGUUGAUGCUAGUGCAUGUAAGCCAAUGUGAGGAGGAUGCUGGGGAAACAACCUGUUCGUUGGCUUUCGCACAGAGAGCAAGAGGAAUAGAAUCCUCCAGAGAACUUGGGGAGGACCUGAAAAAGCAAAAGGAGAAGAGGAUUGCCGAGCUUGAGGAAGAGAUGAGGAAUGCUGAGGAAGAAUAUCAGAAAGUUAGCAAUCAAAUACAAAAGGCUGAGUUCUUGUUAAGUGAAAACAAAAGGUUGUUCUCAGCCAUGUAUGAGGUUGUUCAGGAGGAGGGUAAGACUCCCACAAGUGUUGUGGAAGGGUCCAGAGAAGUCCUGGAAACACCUAGAACAUCUGAAAAAGUAACUAAAGAGAAAGCUACCGCUUCUGUGCCUCGGUUCAUGAGUUCCACCACGGCCAGUCGCCAGAGGCAGCAUGCUGCUGAAAGAGAUAUUGAUGCCAGAUCGAGACUUUUGAGGUCAGGAGCUCGCAGAUCAGUGCAAACUUCAGCUUCUCAGUCUCUCAGCUACACAGAUCCUCAUUUCAGAGCACUUCUUCUGAAAUCAAACGAAAAAUCCCAUCAUGGAGAGACAAAGACCCCCCUCAGCGAUAGCACCAAAUGCAAUCUUUCAGAUUCCAAUCCUUCCACCAUACUGCGUGCCAAGAUGAUCAGUUCUUUGGAUCCAAACUUGAAAAUCACUCUCACUCGUCACAGAAGAAGAAUGUCUGACCUGAGCUAAGUGUAUAAGUCACUGCUAACUGGUCAUUCUUUUCUUCUUAAUGGUAUAAUGUGAUUAUGGUUUUGGGUUUCUAAUCUAUAGGUUUCAAAUACAGUGUGUGUUGUGAUAUCAUUGACUUUCUUAAGGGUGUGGUUUGAUAAGGCGUGUUGGAUCCCUGAGUUAUUUGUUUACAGGAUCCUUGCAACUGACAUGGUUUGUUUAGGUUUUUAGAGAUUUGAAGAAAGCUUCCUUGUAAUUAUUUGUAAUGUUCUGUCCUUCAAAUUUUCGACCUUGUCAUCGACAAUGAAACUUAAGCUUUCUAAUUUGUUCAUAA